UAUUGAAUGAUUGUCAUGUAUAGGGAGUACAAACUGAAACAUGCUAAUGUGGGAAAAGACACGCCCCUUUUCCGGUUGAGUGGAGAACAUGGGUCACUUCCUGUAUUCGGCAGCAGGCAAACAAGAAUGUCAGAGCGAGGGAAACUGGACGCCCUGUCGUUACUGAGGGAAAGCCUUCGAUAUGAGGGCACGGGGGCAUCGCACGUGUUUGUCAUAUUAGGAGCCUCGGGAGAUUUGGCCAAGAAGAAAAUUUACCCCACACUAUGGUGGUUAUACCGCGAUGGACUGGUUCCAAAGGAAACUUACUUUAUUGGCUACGCCCGCAGCAAGAUGACGGUAGACGACAUCCGACAGAAAGCUCUGCCAUUUAUGAAGGUCAAGGAUGAUGAGAAGCAGAAGUUGGAGGAAUUCUUCAAGGUCAAUGAGUACAUCGCCGGGAGUUACGACAAACCGGAGGGGUUCUCCCGCCUGAACAAAGCCAUCAAAGAUAAAGGCAGCUGUAACCGAAUCUUCUACCUCGCACUGCCGCCCUCGGUCUACGAGUCGGUGACACUGAAUCUCAAGGCCGUCUGUAUGUCUGAAGGAGAUAAGUGGACGCGGGUCGUUGUGGAGAAGCCGUUCGGGAAGGAUUUAGACAGCUCCAAUCAACUGUCCAAUCACCUGGCAGCUCUCUUCAAAGAGGAGGAAAUCUACAGGAUUGACCAUUAUCUCGGCAAGGAGAUGGUCCAGAAUCUCAUGGUGCUUAGGUUUGCUAACAAGAUCUUCAGUCCUGUUUGGAACAGAGAUGGGAUUGCCUCAGUCGUCAUCAGCUUUAAGGAGCCGUUCGGAACCCAGGGAAGGGGAGGCUACUUUGAUGAAUUUGGAAUUAUAAGAGAUGUUAUGCAGAACCACCUGUUACAGAUUCUAACUUUGGUUGCCAUGGAGAAGCCACCAACCACUGCUGCAGAAGACAUCAGAAAUGAAAAGGUGAAGGUUUUAAAGAGCAUUUCCCCAAUAGAGCUGGAUAAUGUGGUGCUGGGUCAAUACGUGGGAAAUCCUGAGGGAGAAGGAGACGAAAAGAUCGGAUACCUGGAGGACCCAACCGUACCAAAAGGUUCCACGACGCCGACAUUUGUGACCGCCGUCCUGAAGGUGAACAAUGAGAGAUGGGACGGCGUACCUUUCAUCCUCAGAUGCGGAAAAGCACUGAAUGAGAGAAAAGCUGAGGUUAGGAUACAGUUCAAGGAUGUCGCUGGGGAUAUUUUUCCGUCAGGUGAAGUGAAGCGGAACGAGUUGGUCAUCCGUGUCCAGCCAGACGAGGCAGUCUAUCUGAAGAUGAUGACAAAAUCACCGGGCAUGUCAUUUGGGUGUGAGGAAACAGAACUGGACCUGUCUUAUAACAGUAGAUACAAG